AUGAAGAACAAAACACGUCGACGAAAGGUUCCCGUUACCGCUUCUUCAAAUACUAAGCAGACUCUCAAGGCAAACACAAGUAGCAGUAGCUCAGCAAACCCCCGCACAUCUGCACGAAUUAUCCGGCAAUUCCAUGUGUUGCUAAAACGCAAAACACAACUCGAGAAGCGGCAUGCUCGACGACUUGAGAAUAGUACAGAGGAGGAAGCUAUACAGCGAGAGAUCAGGAACGUGGAAGAUGAGAUUGCUCGAAUGGGAGGCUUGGAGGCGUAUCAGCGCAUGUCGAGUAUUGGGCAGGGGAAGGAUCGGGGAGGAGGGAGUGAACGCGUUUUAGUGGAAUGGUUGACGGAGUUGGGUAUUGGAGAUGAGAAAGGGAAGGGAAAGGAAAAACUUAGGAUGCUGGAAGUAGGUGCACUGAAACCAGAUAACUACGCUUCAUGCAGCACUUGGGUGGACGUACAUCCAAUCGACUUGCGUAGUUCUCAUCCGGGUAUCGUUGAGCAAGACUUCCUUCAAACGGAUAUGGAAGAAAACACAGAGGCCUGGGACGCAAUUAGCUUAAGUCUUGUCGUGAAUUUUGUACCUGAACCACGAGAUCGAGGACGCAUGCUCGACCUUGCGUAUAACAUGCUGCGUGAAGACGGGUUCCUCUUCCUCGUGCUCCCGUUACCCUGUGUAUCAAAUUCGCGGUACCUCACGUCCGAACAUCUCGCGCACCUUAUGGAGUACAUUGGUUUCACGAAGGUUAAAGAGAGGUGGAAAGCUGAGGGCGGGAAGAUGGCUUAUUGGCUUUUCAAGAAAAAGAAAUUCUCCUCCGAGGGGAGACCCAGUUCCGAACCUUGCUUGAAUUCCGGAUUCGAUGCUGGUAUAAAGUCAGCGGAUGACAGUACCGUGCGAUUUGACAAAAAGGUUGUACUGAGGGAAGGCAAGCGGAAUAAUUUUUGUAUUCUGCUUUGAAGAGUGCACUCGAGAUGCCGGAGCGUUUCAGAACGUCCCUUCACGAACACGCCAAGCCAUGGCUUGUUGAGGACUAUGAAUAACGAAAGGCUAAGAAUUCCAUUUCAGCGACGUGCAAUAUGUUGCAAGCUAUUAUUGUUACAGCAUUGGUUUUUCUAAAAUGUUACAUCAAUGGGACACACACUGUGCAACGUCCAUCAACUUCCCCUCCAUUCUCUUAGGAAGUUAGUGACGAAAAAGCGUAUCACUUCAAUGGAAGCUGAUGGGAGCUGAUGAAGAAUUUGUGGCAGCCACAAUCACUUACAUCUCUUGGUUCUUUUUUCGCGUCGUAUAAAUUUGUUUUUGGGCAGGCGUUUACUGGAGUCUGGAACUAGAAUCAAAGCGAGCUGAUGACGUAAGCGGAAAAAGUAAAAUUGCUUCCGAUUUUGCUCCCCCACCUCCGCAUUACAGAGCUCUUAGACCACAACAACGGUCGCAUGUUCUAUACUCGAAGAAACAUGCAGAGCAAGCUUUCAGGCGAGCAUACUGGCAAUUGCUUGUCUACAUAGUCUACUCCUGGUGUUUCCUUCUGGAUUUCGGAGAAAUUUCACUUGCACGAGUUCUUAGCUUGUGCCCAGAAAGUUUUCCUCGUACGCCGUGCGAAUCCUCAAGUACUCGAGCUUUUACUUUCCUUAGAAGAGAUGGGCUGGAACAACUAUGUCCCCGAAUAAGGUUUACUCCGUGACUGGACAGUUCAGGCCCGCCUGAAGACCUGCGUAGGUAAGGGGCUUGUCAGCCCUCGAGGAAGGUAAGGCUUAUAACGUGCGUUUACGCUUCUCUCCAAUUCCAGUGCCUCAACCGCAUCGCAUCAUGAUCUCAAUUUGGCUACCUUGGGGAGUGUCGGGAGGCAGCAAGCCUUCGAGUAGCAGCAAUGGCCGAAAAGCAGCAAGCUCCAGCUUACAAUAUCGACUAGUGCAAUUCGUCGUCUUGC